AUGAGUGACGUGGAUGAGAUAAUUGAUUAUAUAAAAUCCCUAAAGAAGGGCUUUGACAAGGACUUAUUUCAGAAUAAAAUUGACGAAUUAACAUACGCAAUUGAUACAACUGGAAUAAACUACAAUGAUUUUCACAUUUUAUUUAAAGUUUGGCUAAAUUUAUCUAUACCAAUAACAAAAUGGGUGAGUUUGGGUACUUGUUUGGUGCCCCAGGAUAGCGUAGAGGAGCGUACUGUGGAAUAUGCGCUGAGCUGGCUACUUUCUAAUUAUGAUGACCCAUCGACUUUUUCAAGAAUAGCCUUUUUGCUGGACUGGCUCACAGCUGCCAUGGAGUGUGCAAAUAUUGAUAUGGACAAAUUGGACUUGGGAUAUGAUGUUUUUUAUAUAAGUUUGACAUAUGAAGCAUUGACACCUCAUGCAAUGAAAUUAGUCUACACAUUAACAAAACCGAGUGAUGUAACAAGAAGAAGAGUUCUUGAACUGUUAGAUUAUGCUAAAAAAAGGGAGGCUAAAAAGAGCAUGUACAGACAACUUCAAGUGUUACUGGGUUUGUUCAAGUCUUACAAACCAGAGUGUGUGCCGGAGGAUGUGCCAGCUAUCUCAAUACAUACAGCCUUCAAAAAAAUCAAUGCAAACCUCCUUGCUAGAUUUAAAAGGAAUCAGGAACGCAGAGAUACAUUAUGUAAAGAGAAAAUUCAUUUAACCUGGAUAAAUCCUUUAAAUACUAAGCGUGGUAGAAAUGCUAAGGCAGAUCCGUUAGUACCAAACAUGGCGUUCCUCAACAUUGGCUCUAGGCAAAGUGCUGACAAGGAACCAAAAAAGAACUUCCUAGAUUUCACAGAUCCAGUGUCGGUGGUGCAGUGUGGGCUGCAGAAGUCGUCGUGUCGGCCGGCACGUCUGCGAGCACUGCUGUGCAACGCGACCGGUGUUGCGCUGUUAGCUGUCGCCUCACACGCUGAUCACGCCUUUCUCUCCUAUGACUUGCACCAUCUUCUAAAUACCUGUUUCCUAGAUAUUUCGCCACACAGCUAUAUGGAGAAACAAGAUCUACUACACCGACUGGCAGUACUGCAGCAUACACUGAUGCAAGGGAUACCUGUCAUUACUAGGUUUCUUGCCCAGUAUCUACCUUUAUGGAACGAAAAGGAUUACUUCGCUGAGAUAAUGGAGCUUGCACAGUGGUUGAGUGUGGAUUCAGUUGAGCAUACCAUGUUUGUAGUGGAGCCUUUGAUACGGAUAUACCACAGAUCUCAGCCAAUCGAACAGUGUGCCAUACUCAAGUGUUUGACCAACAUGUAUUCUAACCUAGUGUUGAGCAGUACGCGGUCCCGCCAACACUUCAUGGGAGCGGCACCCCCGCAAAACUACACGGAGCUGCUGCCGCGGGUCGCGGCCGCCAUCAGCGAAAUGAGCAACAAAGCCCUGCAAGUUACACCUGACGACAUGCGAGUCCUGUGCAGUGUCGUGCGUAGCGCGGAGCGGCGCGCUCGCAGCUGCGUGCGCGCGCGCGCGGUGCCCGCCGCCCUGCAGCCCGUCGCGCCGCUCGCCCUGGCGCUGCCGCUCGUCUCCGUCUCCGCUUGUCUCAUAGACACUGUCGCCUCGCUCAUGAUAUUGUACAGAAAGAUAUUCUCGUUACUGAAAACAUCAAACGAUCUCAAAAAAGAUGACGAUGCAUAUUCAGAACAAAUGCAAGUUCUUCAAGCCUACACCUCAGAUUUGAUCAACUGUUUGUACAGCGAAGAAAUAUUGAGCGCACGAAAGACAGGUUUCGUCUUCGAGAAACUUCACCCACAGCUUGUGGACAAACUUGGGUCUCUGAUGCCUGACGUAGAUUCUAAAUUAAGCAUAAGGAACAGUAUAGCUUUCUCACCUUACACCUACAUACAGCUAGACGCUAUUGAUUAUAGAGAUGCAGAUAAUAAACUGUGGUUUAAUGCAGUUAUAGAUCAGGAGUUCACUAACCUCAGUAGAUUCCUAAAGAAAGCAUUGCCCGAGUUGCGGUAUAACUAA